AUUCCACAGUGCGCAGGCGCGGAGCUUUUGCCCGGCAGAACCGCCUCCGUGGCUUCUUCGCCUUUCUCGGCAUGGCCAACUGGGUGUUCUGCAACCGCUGCUUCCAGCCGCCGGACAGGAAGUCGUCCUUUAGCCUGACCAGUUGCGGGCACGUGUACUGUGAUGCCUGCCUUCGCAAAGGCAAAAAGGAUGAAUGCAUGAUUUGUAAAGUUCCUUGUCGUACAGUUUUACUCACAAAACAUACUGACACCAGCAUCCAGGCGCUCUUCACGGGCAUAGACACCCUGUGUAAGAAAUACUCGCAGGACACUGCCCAGAUUUCAGAGUUCCAAGACAAACACAGGAAGAGGCUGCUCGCCUUCUAUCGAGAAAAGAUCUCACAGCUGGAAGAAUCACUCAGGAAGUCGGUGCUGCAGCUGGAACGGGUGCAGAGUAUGAAAUCAUCACAACAGACAGCUUUUAGCACCAUAAAGAAUUCAAUUGCAACAAGGCCAGAUGGGUAUGUGCGGCUGCCAACCAGUGGGUCAGCCCUCGACAGGGUGGAAUUGAUGGAGGUUGACCUUACUCCUUCCCCAAUAAGGAAACCUGAGGUCACAGUGGGCCCUGCAAGGAUCUCCGUGAUUAGUCCGCCUCAGAAUGGACGGAUGGGCAGUGUCUCCUACUGGGGCCCUCAGCAUCCAGCCCUGACACCCAGCCCAAUUCCCAGCCAGACAAGUGUGUCGAAAGCUUUCAGGGUCCCAUCACUACAGGUCCACUACAAGCUUCCAUCACCAGUUCCAGUGUCCCAGCUGCCUGGAAGGGCAGGGAGACAGCCCAGCCCCAGAAGCACCCAGGAUGAGCCCCGACCCCCCAUCAGCAUCCCAGGUCUGCUGCAGAGGCAGAGCGCAGGCAGGUACCCACAGGUGGCAGGGACAGCCGAGCAAGCACCUAGGGAGAUGGGUCCUUAUGCUUCUCAGGUCCUGGAGGAGGCAUCAGGCACUCAGAAGCACAGUAGUAACACAUUCUUGUCUUCACUGUGGACUUUUAAAUUAAGACCCAGAUGCACCAGUCCUGCUCUGGAAGGACUCAUAUGACAUCUGAAAUUUUAAAAACAUGUAUUUGAAGGAAGGAACCCAGCAUGGUUCUUCCAAAACAUCUGCAUUCUGCUGUCCUCCUUCCAAGAUUAACGCCUUUAUGUUGUGACCCCAUGUCU